CUUUUUUUGACCUUCCACCAACACCGACCCACAAUGAUUGUCAGAGAAACAUAAUAAAGCAUCUGUCUCUUAACUGAUAAGCAGUUUUUCAUUUCUCAUCAUUUGGAUCACAGAGCUGUACAUGGAAUCCUGUUCAGUCCAGAGCUCUGCGACAAAAUGUCAUUCACUGAGGUGCUGGCCAUCUUUGGAGGAUUUACUGUAAUUUUCUACAUGCUCAAACUAGCCUGGGGAUGUUGGUGUGGAUUCAGACAGUUUUUUCUGUCAGAGCUUUGGCAAGUGGAUUUAAGGACAUACGGGCAAUGGGCAGUUGUCACUGGUGCCACAUCUGGCAUUGGUAAAGCUUAUGCCAACGAGCUUGCAAGAAGAGGCCUAGACGUUAUUUUGGUAAGCAGAUCUGAUGAUAAGCUACGAAUGACUGCCAAGGAGAUAGAGGAUAGGUAUGGACGAAAGACUCGCACCAUCAAAGUGGACUUCACAGACGGCCCAAGUAUUUACCCUGCUAUAGCCAAAGAACUACAAGGACUGGAGAUUGGGAUUCUGGUUAAUAAUGUAGGAAUGAUCUACUCUGAUAAUUUUGCCUAUUUCCUGGAAACACCAAAUGCUGAACAGAAAAUCACUCAGCUCAUCAACUGUAACAUGCUGUCAGUCCCUCAGAUGACCAGACUGAUUCUUCCGGCCAUGGUUGAAAGAGGGACAGGGCUGAUCAUCAACAUCUCCUCUCAAGUGGCUGUCCGUCCACAGCCUUUACUGACCCUUUAUUCUUCCUCUAAGAUCUUUGUGACGUAUUUCUCCCAGUGUCUGCACGCUGAGUACAAGUCAAAGGGAAUCACUGUUCAGUGUGUGGCCCCAUUCAUGGUGUCCACCAACAUGACACAAAACCUAAAAACCAACUGCUUUGUGAAGAGUGCUCCCAGUUUCGCCCGUGAGGCCUUGAACACUGUGGGUCACACCUGCUACACCAACGGCUGCCUGUCCCAUGCACUCCAGAACGCUGCUAUAACAAUGCUCGUGCCCAACUGGUUACGUAUGUCAUCAUUCUUCAUAAGAAAGCUACGAAACCUCAAUAAUGACAGCAAACAUGAUCUAAAAGUGUGCAGGGAGAAGGAGAGGCUUGGUGAAAAGGAGGAGUAGUCAUGUUCCUGCAUCUGCACAGAAGCUGAAGUUCUUACAGACAUGAACUACGACUUUUACUGCUGUAUAGAGGCUUUUUAAUAUCUCCACUCUAGGUCCGCUUCCCAGACAAUGUGUGUAAUAUCAUAGCAAGGUUACUGUAAUAAAUAGGCUGCAAUAUACAUGUAUAUUUUGUUAUAUUUUGUACAUUUAUUCACCCUUUAUUAUUGCAUGAGGUUUUUCUUUAUGGAGCCAAGUAUAACUAAGUCUCCAUUGUUUCAUUAAUAUUUAUACUAUUUGAAUCGAUGUACAGACAGUGUGUUUGUGUUGCAUUAAAGAAAUCUUUUAAAUAUU